CCACUUAGUGACGUAAGCAGCAGUGAUUGCAAAUAGAGAGAGUCUCGGAAACAACCAGCUUGCUCCCAAAUGCUCGGAGUCGCCUUGGCCCUCGCGCUGUGUAGAUCCGCUCGCCUACGACUCCUCCCUCUUUCUCCAGAUUACUCAAGAAGGUUUCACAAAAUGGUAGAGAAUAGUCAUGGUCAUAUAACUCGUGUGCUCUUCUGUGGAUUUCAGUUUCCUGAUUCCCAAAAUUAUACACGAGAAUAUCUCCAUAGCCACCCAUAUAUUCAGGUUGAUGAUGUUGCUCUUGAUGAUGUACCUAAUGUUAUUGGGAAAUACCAUCUUUGUGUAGUUAAGAUGUGCCAGAUGAAUGCAGAUCUUAUUGCGAAGGCAUCUGAGAUGAAGCUUGUGAUGCAAUACGGUGUUGGACUUGAAGGUGUUGAUAUUGAUGCUGCCACACAGCAUAAUAUUAAAGUUGCAAGAAUUCCUGGAAGUGCAACUGGAAAUGCCGCAUCAUGUGCUGAAAUGGCGGUAUACUUGAUGCUGGGUCUUCUCCGGAAGCAGAAGGAGAUGGAAGCUGCUGUGAAGAACAAAGAUUUAGGAAUGCCAACUGGAGAAACGCUACUUGGAAAAACAGUUUUAAUUAUAGGAUUUGGAGCCAUAGGAGUAGAACUUGCAAAGAGAUUGCGGCCAUUUGGUGUGAAGAUCAUUGGAACAAAAAGAAGAUGGUCUAUGAAUUCUGAAAACCUUGAUGGUAUGAUAGAGACUGAAUUCUAUGACUCGAGUGUUGAAGAUGAUGAAAUCGAUGGAUUAAUCGAUAAGAAAGGUGGUCCAGAAAGUAUAUAUGAAUUUGCUGGAGAGGCUGACAUAGUGGUUCCCUGCUUGCAAUUGAAUGCUGAAACAGCUGGUAUUGUAGAUGGAAAACUUCUUUCUCAUAUGCGAAAGGGCUCCCUUCUCGUAAAUGUUUCUCGUGGACGAAUCCUAGACUACAAGGCUGUUUUCGAUCAUCUUCGAUCAGGUCAUUUAGGCGGCUUAGCAAUCGAUGUUGCAUGGACGGAGCCAUUUGAUCCUGAUGAUCCUAUUCUCAAGUUUCCUAAUGUCUUGAUCACACCACAUGUUGCGGGGGUCACUGAAUAUUCCUACAGGAAAAUGGCCAAGAUUGUAGGCAAUUGUGCUCUUCAGCUUCAUUCUGGUCAGCCUUUGACAGGAAUCGAGUUUGUGAACUAGUUGAUGUCACUAGUAAUAAAAAGUUCUGAAGAAGCAUCUAGCACUUAGCUGGUCAAUGUUCGUUUAAAUAACUAUCUGCAAUUAUAUAUUUAUGUAAUUUAUUUUUUUAGCUGAAACUUUCUAGCAAGACAAUCUUAUAUGUUCAUGAACUGAUGCUUUCCCCUGCAUAUACGAUACUUAUUACGGCAUAUCAAAUUUAAGCACCAGCUCAUGAUGCUCUAAGUAGACUGGAUACCAACUCAUUAUACUCGGAUUGCAUGAUUUUCAAAAAAUUAUGCGUUACCAUA